AUGCUGGCCACAGGCUCCCUUCCCCUUCGUGAACACUCACAUCUUGACUUCCAUACCAACAGCGGCCCUCCCCACUCAGAUCAGCUCGCGUUGGAGGAUAGGCUCUGUCCAGGUUGCAAAAAGUCUGUUGUGAACGAGCAGGGCGGUCUGGUCGUUGCCUUUGGGUCAGUCGCGUCCAGUUCCUACCUCGUUUGUCCACGUCUUGACCCCUCCCUCCCUUUUCCAGGCAAUCCUUCUUCCAUGUCGACUGCUUUAAAUGUGCCAAAUGUCGAAACCAGCUGCAAUAUUUGUCAGUUGCCAAUCCUUGACGAAGCUAUCAUGACCGGCGACGACUCGUACCAUGCACACUGCUUCAAGUGCAAAGUGUGCAGCAACCGUAUCGAUGAACUCGUCUUCGCAAAGACGAGUCAGGGUAUCUAUUGUAUGAAUUGUCAUAACGAGCGUAUGAUCAAGAUUCGCAAACACGCUCAGAAGAAGGCAGAAAGGGAGAGGGCAAACGGGGGCAGCGGUUCUUCUAGGUCAAGGGAAAACGAUGCAAGGAAUUUCCAUCGCGAUACAGACGCUCGUUCAGGAGCUUCUAAACCUCCACCUAUCCAACAACCUUCUCGCUCCGAAGGCCCACGCGUAGCUGAACCUUCAAACAAUGCCGCGAAGCCGGCCCAAGCGCCCUACAUGAAUGACGCAUUCGAUCCAACCCCUCCGUACUCUCAUCCGUCACAUUUAGACUCUCCUUCGUUCACGUUGGCGCCGCCAGGAGAGCCUGAGCGUAAUGACCUGCAUGCCCUUAAUAGUCCUCGCCAAUCUUUCGACUCUUCACGUCAAAAUAAAGGCCCUUCACGAACAAAUACACUUCCUGUUCCUCCUUUGUCAACUGCUCCAGAGUCCAAACGAAGAAGCAGCUACGACGAUGGUGUCCGCCCCUUGAACAACCUUCUUAAGCAAGACACACAGGCAGACAAGAACACACUCCACCCGAAUGCGCUACUCAAUAGUUCAGCGUCGACAGAAGGGCUUUCUGUGACAUCCCGUCGUGACAAGCGCCGUUCUAUCAACCCAGGCGCAACCCUUCCAUCUUUCAAAGACGUACCUUCAAAUCAAGCUUCCGACGCGGUGUCACGUUCAGCAUCUUUUUCUACUCACGAACAGUCUAUAUCUUCUUCUGCCCCGCCCUACAUGACAUCUUCCGGACAAUCUCAAGCAUUUACAAAACCUACUCCAUCUUCUUCUCGCCCACCUUCAAGCUCUAGUUCCACUUCAUCGACUAGUCACUUUAAUGGUGCAGACCAAAUUAGAUCUCGCUCACCAUCUGUCCAGCAAUCCAACCAAGAUGACACGAUAACCAUGGCAUCUCCCCCUAGUCGGAUUGCCGAAUUGGAAAAUGGAGAACCUAUCACAACGAAUGCCAACUUUAACGACGACAGAACGUCAUCCAAUACUGUGACUUCUCAAGCCCAACGAUCUUCAGCAACUCUUAGCCCAAUAGAACAGCGGUUCCGCCGUGAACGCAGGUUAUCCUCAAACUCUACACAUUCGAAAUCGCCUUCCAGAGCAGCAUCGCCUGCAUAUCGCGCAGACGUUCCCCGAGGUAUCGAAAGCGGUACAGAUACCGAAACAGACGACACAGACGCCUCUCCAUAUCCUCCAAACACCUCACUUCCACCUGCCCCCCCGCCCAAGGACGUCAAAGAUCUCAAUCAUAAUCAAAGUGCACCUCCUAAUAUCUCGAUCGCAGACACCAGCGUCGAUCCUGAUUCAUCAGAAAUGUUCCCCCACGACAUGUCAGACGACAUGAAUGAAUCCCUCGCCGUCGAACGCACGUCGCGUGCAACAUUUAUUGCCCCUGCCCUUCCUCCUAUUCGAAUUUCCUUGAGCCCUAGUGACUUCUCGGAGCUGCUCAGCUCUAUGGGCGGCUUCCCCCCUUUGAAGUCUUUGGAUAAUUUAGCCAACUUGACAAAGCAAUCGCAAUUGCAACAACAGCAACAGCAGGACACCAUCCCGUCUACACCCCCGCCGACAGCAUCUUUGACUCCGACAGUUAAAGUUGCAGGCAACACACCUACACUUGGUAUAUCAGAGAGUGAUGAUGGUCAGGAACCCAUCUACAGCGAUUAUUUCCCAGAUGUAGGGAAUUUAAAUAAGAGUUCAGCAUCUCACUCCCGAACGCCUGGAAGCUCAGAUUCUAGUGCGGCAAGUAGCCCAAGUACUAUUCAGCCCUCGCCGAGACGGAAUCCCUCUGAAUCAGAUUUGGUGAUCCUUCGUCUGCGGGAAAUUCUGAAUGGCGCAAAGGAAAAAGGGGCUCAGCAUCUCAAGGUCGACAUUGGGUUUGUGGAAGCUAUUGUUGAACUGUUGGAAUCUAAGAAUAACGAAUACUACCGUAUGAAGAACAAAGUGGAUGGCAUGAAUAGGGAAAGCAAAAUGUACAUGGACGGUUUAACGGUCGCGCAAGCCGAGUAUGACCGGGAACUGAAAGCUCGCCGAGAUGCAGAGGCGGAAGUGACAAAACUUCGAGUCCUACUUUCUGGACAGGCCGUCCGGCUCUCAACAUUGUCAGGUGACAGGCAACGGCAAGAGCUCCGCCAACAGCUCUCACAGCAGCUAAAUGAAAAUUUAUCUGGACUAGAACAUGAUUUAUCCCGCUUGAAAGUAGAAAGGGACGUCACUCUGGCUGAAGUGGAAGAGCUUUCCACUAAAAAGUCCUCGGGCAGUGCGGCGGACGUGGGUCCUACGAAUUUGGGUAGAUCGUUGACGAAGAAAUUGGAGGGUAUACGCAAUCAGUAUCAACGAGAACUCGUGCCAUUGACCGAGCAGAAGGAAGUUCUGACUCGGGAAAUUGCGGAACUAAAGGCAGUGAGAGAUGUCUUUUUGGAGGAGACAGCGGCCUUGAACGCGCGGAACGAAGAAUUGGCCCAACUCAGCGCCGUAUACAGUCGACGACUAGACAACGCAACCCCGGAGGCAGUUCCUGAGGCACCUUCUAAACCUGAAGCGUCGCAAUCACCCAACGACAACACCCGCUCUCAAGCGCCAACAUAUCUUGUGCCUCCUUCCCUCAGCACAUCGACCAGUGGCUCUACUACGGUGUACGACGAUAGUGCCGAACCCCGAAUCAUAAAGGCACAGAAGUCAGAAAACGAGCUGCAUACUCCUGCGAAGCCCAAGUUCAAAUGGCCAGGUACCAAGGCCAAAGACUUUUCUUCUCCCUCAAGCUCCGAGACAACAAAGGGUAAAGCGCAUAUUGAGCAUAAUUUCCAACAAUUGAGUAUCUUGCGCUUCACUCGUUGUGAUCACUGUGGAGAUAAAAUGUGGGGCUCUCAGCUUCGCUGCACAGUUUGCUCGACUUCAAUUCAUGUUCGCUGUAUCGCCAAUGUGCAUAUACCAUGUUCUCAGCAGCAGCAGCAACAUAAUGUUGUAGAAGAACGAAUCCCUCUUCCGCCCUCCAUGUUUGGCAGGGACUUGACUGAGCAGGUCCAUGCCGACGCCAGGGGAGAUGACCGACAAGUUCCUGUGAUUGUUGAGAAAUGUAUUCAAGCAGUUGAAGCUCGAGCCCUGGAUUAUGAAGGUAUUUAUCGAAAAUCGGGAGGCUCUGGGCAAACAAAGGCUAUUACCCAGCUGUUCGAGCGUGGCGAUUACGCAUCAUUUGAUCUGUGCGACAUGGACAAAUUCAACGAUAUCUGCAGCAUCACAUCAGUUUUAAAGACAUACUUCCGCUUGCUGCCAAUCCCACUCUUGACUUUCGAUCUACACGACCAGUUUACAGCCGCGAUUGAUAUCAAAGAUUCAUCUAAACAUGAGACUUUGGUUGACCUAGUACACAGACUACCUGAUGAACAUUUCUUCACACUACGCAUGCUCAUGCUACAUCUGCACCGCGUUUAUGAACGCUCUGAAAGAAAUCUUAUGUCUGCAAGAAAUCUCGGGGUCGUUUUCGGGCCAACAUUGAUGAGAUCCAGAGACCCGGCAGCUGAGUUCAGUGAUAUGGCUGGGAAAGCCCUUUUCAUUGAGUGGCUAGUAGAAAACGCUAUGGAGGUUUUUGACACGACAGAGUAA